AUUUACAAAAUCCCCAAAACACCCUCAAACCGGCUAUCCCCAAAUCUGAUUACGAGCCUCUCUUCUUCCCCACCAAUAAUUCCGACCACCAUAUAAUUUCAGAAAAUUUUCCCCUCAAAUUGAACCUAAAAAAAAACCCUAACGAACUUUCCCUCCUCCUCCUCCUCUCCUUCCCUCUCUCGAAAAUCCGGCUCGCCCAAUUCCGCCCGUUGUAUCUCCGAUCCCGACGCGUCGGCGCCAAUCAAAAUGUCAGAAACGCCGGAAAAAACCCCGAACCCGAACCCGCUAAUCUCUCCGACGAGCUCACGCUCCGUAACCGAGACCGUGAACGGGUCGCACCGUUUCGUGAUCCAGGGGUACUCGCUGGCUAAAGGCAUGGGCAUCGGCAAGCACAUAGCCAGCGACGAUUUCACCGUCGGAGGGUAUAAAUGGGCGAUAUACUUUUAUCCAGAUGGCAAAAAUCCGGAGGAUAAUUCGACUUACGUUUCGGUUUUCAUCGCGUUGGCGAGCGAGGGUACGGAUGUUCGGGCAUUGUUCGAGUUGACUCUUGUUGACCAGAGCGGGAAAGGGAAGCAUAAAGUGCAUAGCCAUUUCGAUAGGUCGCUUGAGAGUGGGCCGUACACGCUUAAAUACCGUGGCAGUAUGUGGGGAUACAAGCGUUUUUUCAGGAGAGCCAUGCUUGAAACUUCAGAUUAUCUUAAAGAUGAUUGUUUGAAGAUCAACUGUACUGUUGGAGUUGUGGUUUCUGCAAUUGAUUGCUCAAGGUUGCAUUCAAUUCAGGUUCCAGAUUCUGAUAUUGGGGCAGAUUUUGGUACGCUGCUGGAAAAUAUGGAUGGUGCUGAUAUUAGUUUUGAUGUCGCUGGAGAGAAAUUCCAAGCCCACAAGUUGGUAUUGGCUGCCCGUUCGCCCAUAUUUCGGUCAGAAUUUUUUGAUGUAAUGGAUAGUGAUGAGCAGGAGAUUGUGGUAUCGGACAUGGAACCUAAAGUUUUUAAGGCAAUGCUGCACUUCAUUUACAGAGACGCCUUAGUUGAAGAUGAGCUUAUAGCAUCCAGCUCUUGUUCAUCUCCUUUGAUAACCGACACAUUAACUGCAAAAUUGUUGGCAGCAGCUGAUCGAUAUGAUUUAGGAAGACUAAGACGGAUGUGUGAAUCUCAUCUCUGCAAGGACAUAUCUGUAAAUUCUGUUGCACAUACACUUGCUUUGGCAGAUCGUUUUCAUGCAGCAGAAUUGAAAGCUAUCUGCCUUAGAUUUGCUGCUGAAAACUUGGCAGCUGUUAUGCGCUCCGAUGGCUUCGAAUAUCUGAAAGAAAAUUGCCCAGCUCUACAAUCCGAGCUUUUGAAGACUGUAGCUGGCUGCGAGGAGGAUUGCAGCAGUGGUGGCGGCAAGUCACGGAGCGUGUGGGCCCAGCUCUCGGACGGUGGUGACACCACCGGCAGGAGGGUAAGGCAACGGACUUGAUAUUGGAUAUGUAGGCUACGGUAUAUGCUUGUUGUUCUCUUCCGUGCAACCACCACAAUCAUGUAAUUCAGUACACCCAGGGAAUUUGUUGCAAGGGAUGUGUGUUUGAUAAUUUUAAUUUUUUUUUUCUUCGACAGAUGACAUUUGAUUAUAGCGUUGAACCACAAAAAUGCUAACUUGUUAGGUUCGUUGUUGUGUACGUCUUGUGACCAAACCGUAUUUCUCUGUACGACCAAUUAUAUAUUGAAUUCGUCCUC